AUGCCGCACAGCGUGGAUGGAGGCCCUGAUGGCUUGGCGAUCGAAAUUCACGCGCAAUCGGAGCGAUUUCACGACGACGACGCGUGUUUGGAGUGGCUGAGGUCGAAAUAUAAAACGUAUCACGCCGACGAUGGCCACCCGACGCGGCGGUUUCGCGAGGAUUUUGAAAAGGACGUGCGCGCGUGCAGCGCGCUGCGCUGGGAUCGCUUCGCGUUUCCGUCACAUCCUCACCGCCCGCUGCGAACGAACUUCUCGAAUGAGGCGCCUUUUCGCGAGAUUAACACCACCACCACCGUGGGUUUCCAUGAAAAUACCGAGGACCACCCCGAACGACAAGCAAAUCAAAACUCAACGCGAAUGAGUCUUAACAUUACCCUGUCGGAUCGCAAUGCGGCAUCGCGAACAGGAAAUGGCGCGUUGAACGCCUUCAAAGAAGAAGAAGAGGGAGGGGAGGAGAAAUGGAAGGCGGAGUGGAGUCGACACGUCUUUGCGGAAGCGGCGCGUCGGCGGACUUUGGAAUCGCGUGCGAUGGUUUCCACGUCCGUUCCCUCGCUGGAUGCCUCGUCGAACGAAAAGGAGCCUCCCCACCCCAACCCUAAUCAUCAGGAUCAUCAUCCGGAUAAAAAUCACCCCCCUGAAGGGCGGCGGGAAAGUGUGUGGCCGUUCUUUGGGGGUUAUCUCACGGCCCCCACCCUGGCGGAUCAAAUUCGAUUUUUAAUUUUCCCGCACGGCGAGGAUCGCGUUGCUUCCGCGAAGGGGCGGUCGUUUUUCCUCCGCGGCAGCCUCGAUUUUCGCCGGGAAGAGGGCGGGGGAGGGCUUCACGGGAGUGCGAACUUCGCGCCGCGACGGCUGCCCGUGAUCGAGGUGGAGCCUUUUUGGAAUGCGCAGCGGGUGGCGCGUCGCUACGUGAGGAUGCACCCUGCCCAUACCCACCUCGGGAAUCCCAAUCCUACCAAUAACCAUCUGACGAGUGGGAUCCCCAGGAAUCACGAUUCGACGAAUGGCAAUCCCACGAGCAGCAUCUCUCCGAAUAAUCCCACUCAACGUCAUCCGACUAAUAACAACAGCUUGAAUAACAAUAUCACGAAUGGCAAUCUCUCUCCUCACAGUAUUAAUCCUGACCAUAUUACUUCUCAUAGGAUUACGCCGCAUAAUUGCACGCAAGGGGUGGAAAAAAUUCAGCGGUGGUCGUUUCGUGCGGACGGCCUCCGCGUCGGCUGGCAUCUUCGCGAUCCGCGGCGCGUGGUGGAGGGGGAGGUGUUUCGCCUCCUCGGGGGGGGCGGGUCGAUUCUUUCCGCCGCCACUUCCCUCCGCUACGAUAGCGCCGCGCAGCCUUUUCGAACGGGAAAAGAAAAGGAAACGGACGAAGAAAGAGGAAAGGGAGGGGGGUAUCGCCUGCGCGGCGUGGUGGGGUCGGGGGUGGAGUUCAGCCCCGGCGAUCGCGCGGUUUCCCUCUUCGGGAGGUUCACAGGGGAGGGGUGGGUGGGGUGGCGGCUCUCAUCGCGAACGACCCUCGAACUUCGCGGGAUUUCCGCCGCGGUGAUGCCCUUUUCUUCUCCUUUUUCCUCCUCGACGGGAUUGUCCUCUCCCACGCGUGCAUUUCGCGAGGAAAAGGGGGAAAACCUCCGUUCAAUCGCUCUCGCCCCGCAUGCGCACUUUUGGGCAACGCAGGCCCCCUCGCUCGAUCUCUCGCUGCUUCGCGGGUUUUCCUACGACUACGGCGAGCUUCGCGAGGUGCGGCGGUGGUUCGGCCUCCUCACGUGUGAACUCACCCGCCGGGUGAGCCUCACACGUGGGAAGCAAAUAAAAAUGAACGAAACCAACGGCAAAAGUGAUACCACCACCACCACCCCUUCACAAGCUCGUGGGGUGGAUAUGAAGCUCUUCGCGAAUGCCUGCGUUGCCGAUUCCCUCUUUUGCCCUCCACGCGCGUCGGUGGGGGUUUCCUUCGUCUCCCGCAGCCCUCGGGUGACCGUGGACGCCUUCAAUCGCGUUCUUCCUCGCACAUUUGAGUGUUCGCUUAAUUGGCUGGUGGAGUUUCGCGAAGGGGGGGGGAGGAUGCGGAGUGGGAUGGAGCGUGGGGGGGCGACUUUCAUCCGCGUUUCCCCGGUGGAGCGGUUUCACCACAUGCGAUGCGGCCUCACCUGGCAGUUUUGA